ACAAAAAGGGAAAAACCAGAAAUACAAUAAUACCAACCAAACUCAUGCUGUCACCUUUAAUGACAUAAUGAAGAGUGUAUUUAUUCGAAAGCCGGAGCGGCUGUGUGUGCAUGGAAGGGAAGCAAACACUCAGCAAAGAUGGAAUACUCUAAAUCAAUCGCUCACAUUGUGAUUUUGUUCUUUCUCUUUGGGACCCUAAAAGCAUCUGAACCAAGGUGUUUAUCGCGUUUUGACUACGACGAGAAAAUGCUUUUAAAGAUACUGAGAUUUGAAGACGUCCUUGAGAAGUUUGACAAGAAGAUUACCGACAUUAUAGAUACGUUGGACGCUAACGAACGAAAGAGGAACAGCAAAGCAAUGGAGGCAGUUGAUGAAGCAAAACUGAAGAUAAAUCAGGUUAUUGAAAAAAUAAAACAAAACUCUUCAUUUUUGCUAAUUAAUGACUCAACUACACUUCAAACGCAGUUGCAAGAAGUAGAAACUCUAAAGGCUAAGAUUACAGAAGAACUUGACCAGCAACGGAGCGCCAUUGGGUUGAACAGAAAAGAAAAUGCUGCUAGAGCGUUCACAGCCUAUGGUCCGGUAGAUUCUCCUUUUCGAUUUAGCACCUUCGUCACCAACAUUGGUGGCCACUAUAAUCAGUCUACAGGACUGUUCACUUGCACUGUUCCUGGACUGUACUAUUUCACUUUCCAUUUGGUGAAGAAGCGAUCGAAUUCAGCAGAUGCGUGUGGCUGUAGCCUCGGCAAAAACCUUCAGUCUGUUGGAAUAAAGGCGUUCAUAGACCCCCAAGAUCGUUCAGGGGAUACAGUUGGUGCAGACGCUGGUAGCUAUGGUGUGAGCAAUGGGGCUUACCUUCACCUUAUCACAGGUGACACUGUCCAAUUGGUAGACUGUUCAACGUCAGACAAGUUUGAGAGCUGGUCCUCGUUCAGCGGGGUUCUUAUCAAUGCCGAUUAGCUUUUUGCCUUUGACAGUUAUAUUGAGGUAUUGAAUGAAUCGUAGAUUACUACGGAUAAAUCAUACACAAUUCGUAUUAUGGCAUAGAUACUAAACUCACUGAGCCGCACAUUGUGUGUGAAAAAAAGCGAUGUAAUGACUUCUUAAACGUGUUGUGUAUUUUCAAACGGAUAUUCUGAACAUAAACCAGCAACAAGUUGUGUUUUGGAAAAUAUCAAAUCACAGACCUUUGAUUGUUUGUGCUAAGUAGCAAUAUAUAUAUAUCGACUUCUAUAA